UAUGUGCCAUGUUAAGCAAGCCGGACUUCCCUAGCCUUGAAAGAACCGCGGGACAGCACAGACAGCACAGAGUGGAAACGAACACCCUCUAGUGCUGAUGAGCUGGUCUUCCGUCUAGAUCCUCAAAACUCACUUGGGCUUUUCACCUCAAGAUCGCGUUUCGCGCGCCCGAGACUUAAAGCGUCGUGGAAGCUCUCGUUCCAGCCAGGUCUGUCUGCGUGCGCGAGACUGACUUGAUAAGUUUAUGCGCGUGAUACUCGCCAGGCUCGUGUCGACGGCACAGCGUUAACGUUUAGAGUAGGGGAAAGCCCGUUAAUGGAUAUUGACGACUGGAGAACAUAACUAGUCUGCCGUUAUUCCAAGUGUUGACAACCAGACAUCGUUAGUGAUAACUUAUCUCACAGCUUCUGCCCUAUUUAUGGGGUAAAUUCUGUAAGUUUUUCAAGUGCCGCCGGUAGUUGUGCGUAAUGGGCUGGCAUUUCUGUCGCUCUGUGUCCGCGUUUUCGCGGUGUGGGGAACGAGGCGGCUGACGUGCAAAAUCGUUAAUAAUAGUUAAAUGAAUUUUAUUACUGGAUAUUUCGUCGUGGACUCUUUUCUUUAGUAACUGUCACCGACUUACAUGCUCAACUGGAUACAAAAGAUGACUUUUCAAAGAUUUUUCUUCGUGUUUGCUUUACCGGGAUUGAUGUUGACGGACCCCGGCCAUCCAAACCAAGUGGUUCUCUUGGACACUACUGCUGUGCUGGGAGAACUAAGCUGGAAGACCUACCCAAUAAAUGGGUGGGACGCCAUCACGGAGAUGGAUGAGCACAACCGGCCCAUCCACACCUUCCAGGUGUGCCACGUAAUGGAACCCAACCAGAACAACUGGCUCCGUACAAACUGGAUACCCCGUCAGGCUGCACAGAAGAUCUACGUGGAGCUUCGCUUCACUCUGCGGGACUGCAACAGCAUCCCCUGGGUCUCUGGCACCUGUAAGGAGACUUUUAACCUCCUCUACUUUGAGACAGAUGAGCCACAUGGUGCCAAUGCUCAUUUUCAUCCUAACGAGUAUGCUAAAAUCGAUACUAUUGCCGCCGAUGAGAGUUUCACACAGACAGACCUGGGCGAUCGUGUUCUGAGGCUGAAUACCGAAGUGCGGGAAGUGGGACCAAUAGCUCGUAAGGGUUUCUACUUGGCCUUCCAGGAUGUGGGCGCAUGUAUCGCCCUGGUGUCUGUGAGAGUUUAUUACAAAAAAUGUCCCUCUACCCUGAGAAACCUUGCCGCCUUCCCCGACACUGUACCGCGGGUGGAUUCCUCUUCAUUGGUGGAGGUCAGGGGUGCGUGUGUUGAGAACGCAGAGGAACGUGACACACCCAAGCUGUACUGUGGCGCUGAUGGUGAUUGGCUGGUGCCGCUGGGCCGUUGUGUCUGCAGCAUAGGCUAUGAGGAAAGUGACGGUCUCUGCCUUGCCUGCAGACCUGGGUUCUACAAAGCCUUUGCAGGAAACAUCAAAUGUUCAAAGUGUCCACCACACAGUUCCAGCCACACAGAGGGUUCGGCACAGUGUCACUGCGAGAAGAGCUACUACAGAUCCAGCAAGGACCCUCCCACCAUGGCCUGCACACGACCACCCUCCCCUCCUCGAAAUUUGGGUUUUAACAUCAAUGAGACUGCCCUCUUCCUGGAGUGGACUCCGCCCAGUGACACAGGUGGUCGGAAGGAUAUAACCUAUAAUGUCUUAUGUCUUCGAUGUGGGGCUGAUGGACAGGCCUGCGAGCCAUGCAACAGCAAUGUGCGCUUCGUACCCAAACCCACGGGCCUCGCAAGCACCUCUGUGGUGGUCCAGGACUUUGUGGCGCAUGCCAACUACACAUUCCAAAUCGAGGCUCUGAAUGGAGUGUCAGGCUUGGGCAGAUCCGUGAGACAGCUUGCCAAUAUCACUGUCAGCACAGAGCAGGCUGGUCCGUCUUUGGUAGGUGUCGUGAGAAAGGACUGGGCAUCUCAAACUAGUAUCGCCCUCUCCUGGCAGGAAACUGAACAGCCACAUGCUGCCAUCUUGGACUACGAGAUCAAAUAUUAUGAAAAGGAACAGGAACAGUUAAGUUACUCCUCUACACGUACAAAGUCUCCAAGCGUAAUAGUGACAGGACUAAAGCCCUCAACGGUUUACGCGUUCCAUGUGCGCGCUCGUACCCUCGCUGGCUACAGCAGUUACAGCCCAAAGUUUGAGUUCGCCACAGGAGACGAGAACUCUGAGGAGGCAGCUGAUCAGGGCCAGGUGUUGGUGAUUGUUACAGCCACAGUGGGGGGUUUCUCUCUCCUCGUCAUUCUCACCCUCUUCCUUCUCAUCACUGGCAGGUGUCAGUGGUACAUAAAAUCUAAGAUAAAGUCAGAAGACAAAAAAAGAACGCAGUAUCAAAAUGGACAUGUGCCAUUCCCAGGAUUAAAGACUUACAUUGACCCGGACACUUACGAGGACCCUUCACAGGCCGUUCAUGAGUUUGCCAAGGAAAUCGAUCCAUCUCGUAUCCGAAUCGAAAGGGUCAUCGGAGCAGGUGAGUUUGGGGAGGUGUGUAGUGGCCGUCUCCGUAUCCCAGGAAAGAAAGAAAUUCCUGUGGCUAUAAAGACUUUGAAGGGAGGAUACACUGAACGUCAGAGACGGGACUUCCUGCGAGAGGCGAGCAUCAUGGGACAGUUUGAUAACCCUAACAUCAUUAGGCUGGAGGGUGUGGUCACGAAGAGUCGGCCUGUGAUGAUAGUGGUGGAAUACAUGGAGAAUGGCUCCUUGGACUCUUUUCUGAGGAAGCAUGACGGGCACUUCACCGUGAUCCAGCUGGUUGGUAUGCUGCGUGGCAUUGCCUCAGGUAUGAUGUACCUGUCCGACAUCGGAUAUGUCCACCGGGACCUGGCAGCCCGAAAUAUUCUAGUGGAUGACAACCUGGUGUGUAAAGUGUCGGACUUCGGUCUGUCCAGGGUGCUGGAGGACGACCCGGAGGCAGCUUACACCACCACAAUUUUGUUUUGUCAGGGGGGUAAAAUCCCUAUCCGCUGGACAGCUCCGGAGGCAAUUGCAUACAGAAAGUUUUCUUCGGCCAGUGAUGCUUGGAGCUAUGGUAUUGUCAUGUGGGAAGUGAUGUCAUAUGGGGAACGGCCCUACUGGGAGAUGUCCAAUCAAGAUGUAAUUCUGUCUAUAGAGGAGGGCUACAGGCUCCCUGCGCCCAUGGGCUGCCCCGUGGCCCUGCACCAGCUCAUGCUUCUCUGCUGGCAGAAGGAACGCAGUCGACGACCACGGUUUAGCGAUGUGGUCAGCUUUCUAGACAAGCUGAUCCGCAAUCCCAGCAGCCUGCUCACACUGGUGGAGGAUGUAAAUGGUUUCCCAGAAUCCCCUGAGGAUAUGCCAGACUACCCUCUCUUCAUAUCCAUCGGUGAUUGGCUGGAUUCCAUUAAAAUGAGUCAAUACAAGAACAACUUCAUAGCAGCAGGGUACACAACCCUGGAUUCAAUAUCCACCAUGAGUAUUGAUGAUGUAAGACGAAUCGGAGUGUCUCUGAUUGGCCACCAGAGGAGGAUAGUGAGCAGCAUACAAGCACUACGACUGCAGUUCCUCCACGUUCAACAGAGUGGCUUCCAUGAAAAUUGGACCAUUUACCCAGAGGAACCACAGUAAUCAAUGGAACAAUGGCCCCAUUCUAUUGUUAUGAAGAUGUCAUCUGUCAAUCUUCCUGCAAGUUCUGUGAUUGACUGGACUCCAAAUCUGAGAACUUUGAAUAGUAUAUUUGCUAUUUUAAUGUAUUAAAUUAUGUGUCUUAAGAGAUUUUUCUGGUUUAUUCAUCAAGCUUCUUCCUGAGCCUCUAAAACGAGAGACUGUGGAUCCUGUUGAAUGUCUUCAGCUUUAAAUGGCUAUUAUACAUUGUUUAUCACAUCUGAUAUUUAUCCUGAUAUUUAUAUGUAUAUGUGACUUUGUUUCUUUUUUCGUUGCCUUUUGUUUAGUUCUUUUUCUAAGCAAUAUGUGCAGUCUUUAGAUAACCAAGAAAAGAGCCAAGGUAGGGAGUUGAGAGCUUUAUCUUGCUCUGUUUUAAAAAAAAAAUGCCACACAAACCAUUGACUUCCUCAGGCUGUCAGCGAGGUGGUAAAAGUCUGACCUUUCAGAAGACUGUAAGCCAUUUUCUUACUCCUGUGCACCACAGUCAAAUUGAACAAACUUAUACAAAUCCACUCAGACCGAGAUUUGAGACCUGCACACAUUUGUUCAGUCUGCUAUGGUGUACAGUAUCUACAGACACCUCUGAUAUUUUAUCAGUUUGCCUUGCGACUAUGAAACUAUUGUCAGUGGAGAAACAUUGAGGUAACAGGUUGCAGUAAAAUGUUCUCAUAUAGAGAGCAUGACAAUAUAGCACUCUGCAUGUUGGCAAGUAUUUUUUCCCAACGCAGCAGGCCUACAUACACACAUAACUUCAAUGGCAACAUACUGUACACAUUUGCAGUCUCCUUCGCUUCCACCAGACAAACAAACGCACAAUACUCUACCAUGUUCAUUAGCUGAUAUACAGUAUGACCCCAUUCUUUGACUGUCUCUUUGUACCUGAACACAUGUUCGGGACACUGAGGCCACUUGACAAACUUCAAGUUGCAAUGUGCAAAUGUCAAAAGCGCAAGAGAACAGAGUGCUUACUUCAAGCAGGGCAAGGGAAAUCUCUGGGUAAUCAGGUCAUAAUGUAUUGUUCAUAGUAAAUUAAUUGUACAUUAUUUUUUAUAAUUUAUAAAGAGUACAGAGAGAUAAAGGUGAUAUAGGUUGAAUGUUUGUAAAAAUAAAUGAUAACAGAUA